AGAAAGUCGCAUUUUCACCAAAUCCGCCACAUUGCUUUCAAGAAUCUUCAAAUACUAUCCAAAUUGUUAAUCUUGAAAAACGAACUUUAUUUUCUCAUUAUUGUUGAAUUUUCAGACCUACUCUUAUUACUCCAAAAUCGGAUUCUUCUUACUCAUUUGUUCCGCAAUCAUCAUAUGUUAUAUCAAAUUGAGGAGAUAUUUUGCAUCAAACAUGUCUUCGGAAAGAGUGCGUAGGAUGCAGGCACAGCUAUCGAAGGGCAUAGUCGCGCAGGUAUCCAUUUUUAGAGUGUAUAUAGUGGUAAGGCGAAGAGUAAUGAAAAAUUGCUGGCCUGAUUAUACGCUGGUCAAUAAUAGGCAUUUUGACAAUCAAACCAAGUCUCAUAAUAUGAUUGCCUCUACAGACAGUGAAAGUCUAUACCUAUAG